AUGUUUGCAGACAACGAAGCUCAGCUAAAUCGAAGUAAAAUGUUCACUUUGCAGUUAGCAACGAGAACAAAAGCCGAGAUUUUCACAGAACUGGUUGUGUUUCUGUUAGUAGGUUUAAUCGGCGUCUGCGGAAAUUUUCUUGUACUCCUGGUCAUAAGCCUGACUCCAUCGCUAAGAACUAUCUCUAACUUUUAUGUAGCUUCUCUGAGUGCGAUGGAGUUAUUGUUGUCAUUAUCCCUCUGGAUUUUCAUCCCCGAGGUAGUACUAAAAGGAAAGUGGACAUUUGGUGACGCUCUCUGCCAAUUUUUAGGAUUCAUUACUGCCAUGUUAGCCACAGGUUCCAUUUAUUCCAUGGCCCUAAUUGCAAUCAAUCGAUAUUUCCUCAUGGUAAAAUCGAACCUUCAUCGCAAGUACUUUACAAAGAGGAACGCUUACAUAUCGAUCGCUGUGUCAUGGAUCUUGGCUGGAAAUUUUCCUGUGUCUUACAUGUUUCUCGGCAACAAGUUUAAAUUUCAUCCCGGAAAGGGAGUCUGUAUCUUUGAUGUGACGAAGCUGAAUCUGGUGCACGCUUUUUUGACAGGUUUCUUUAACAUUCAGCUUCCAUAUCUUAUCAUUUCUUGUUGUUAUUUCAAGAUUUACCAAAGAGUGAAAGAACACAACGCAUUACUGAGACACAGUGGAGGUGGAAAUGGAAGUGGCAGCGGAAUUUCAGCGAAGGAAAUUAAAGUAACAAAACUUUUGUUUGCUAUCGUGCUGAGUUACACGAUUUGCUGGACGCCAUUUUAUGUCAUCGAUUUAGCUGGAGUAUUUCUUGGCCAAUAUUUCGCUCCUCGCCUUGUUUACGUGUUUUAUAGCAUUGUUAUUGGUAGCACUACCGCCAUCAGCCCGAUAAUAUAUGGAGUUUUCAACAGAGAGCUCAAAGGCGAAAUCGUAAAACUUUCAAAAUCUAAAUGCUGUUGCUUUUGCAAUAAAUUCAAAGUUGGAGUUCCUGUGACAACCUCAAAUAGGCGUCCAUGA